CUCCCACCUCCCCUGAGGACGAACCCAUGUUAUUACGCACUUAUGGACGACGGCGAGCGAAGCGCUCGGAAGACAUGGACGCGGCUGCGGAGGAGAGCGCUCGCGACUUGCGAAAAGCUUAAAAGCGGGUUCCGGUGGCGAUGUUUUCAGGAAGUUUGACUCGGCUCGGAGAGAUGGACGUUUCUCGCUUUGUUUUGGUUUGGGGGAAAGUUUAGGACCGCCGGUGGACGCAAGAAACCUCACGACAACACGAUAAGCCGGAGCAAAGACGGUUGUUUUCUUUCAUACUGACGUCAGUUUGGGUCUCACGCGAAUACUCGGGAGCUGUACUUUUAAGAAUAUAGCUGCGAGGUCAAUUACUUUAAGAUGCAUGACGCUGUGACUGCAUAUUGUUUAUUUUCUGCCAGUGUCAUUAUAUUGGACUUCUGUCAGAGGUCUUUGUGCAUUCUAUUAAGUUAAUGGCCGUAUUCAAGUUGCAGUGCGAUGUAACGUUGGUGUCAUUGAAACAUAAAAAGCUCUGCAGUCUAAACUUUUCUGGACUCCAACCUGGCAACCCACAGGGGGGAAAUCUGCAAAGUUAGCAGGAAGAGAAGCCAUCAAAAUCACGGAAAUCAUUCGGUCUUUCCUCACUCAUAAAUGGAUUUCAUCAAGGCCACACGGUUAUUGUUGCACCUUGUUUGGUAGUUUUUUUUCUUAGUGCUUUUACAGAAUACAGCUCCCCGCCAUGCACGCCUGCAAACGUCGAUAUCGUGUGUGACGAAUGUGAACAUGUUUUGGAAAUUUAAGUUUUCCAAAGAUCCGCGGCUGGACCGGAGCACAGCUUUGUCUUUGGGCCGCAGCUGGAGCAGCAUCGGAAUAUUGUCUUUGUAAAAACUCACAGCUGGCUCAUGUGUGGGUUUUCACUACCUGGAAACUCUCCGUUCGUGUGGCCUCGUUCUUUUCCCGUUUAAGAAGACCGAUUACCUGGCGGGGGUCAAGCCCCGCCAUGGAGACCCCGCUCACCCCUCUCCCCGGUGUGACCGAGUCACGCUGAUGGACGUGAGCAACAGCUGGACCUACUGCGUCAUCCCUGCCGCGAGACACCGGUGACCGUGGUGGGUUGCGCGCGCAGGAGAAGUCCGCGGCGACAGGCUGUGGGCGGCAACAGACACGUUUCUGAAGACUGCUUUGCGGACCACGUACGCAAACAUCGCCACUAUGAAUGAGAGGCAGGCUCUCCACUCCAUUAUGAAAGACCUCGUCGCCCUCCAGAUGACUCGCCGCCAGCCUGUUCAGUCGUACGACACCAGCAAAGCCAAGACGCCGGCCCAGGCCAACAGACAGGACGAUGUCAGGAUAAAGUUUGAGUUCUCAGGAGAGCGGAGGAUCCUGGUUUUUGGACGGCCUGUGCAGUUUGAGGAAAUCCAGCAGAAGGUCAUGACUGUCUUUGGUCAGCAGCUUGACUUGCAUUAUAUGAAUAAUGAGUUGUCCAUCCCUUUGCGAGAUCAGGAUGACCUGGACAAGGCCAUCGACCUGCUGGACCGAAGCUCCAACAUGAAGAGCAUCAGGAUCCUGCUGCUUACUCAGGAGCACAGCAAUGCCUCCUCCCCCUCCCACCACGUUCCGAGUAAGCAGGUGAGGAUCAAGUCCUCCCAGUCCACCGGAGACGUCAGCACGGCCUACCAAUCCUCCGAGCCCAGGGGGCGCCACCUGUCUACUGGUUCUCAGAACACGGGGCGCAGCUCGCCGCCUCCCGGUUAUGUGCCCGAGCGUCAACAGAGGAUUGCUCGCCAAGGCUCCUACACCAGCAUAAACAGUGAGGGGGAGUUCAUCCCUGAGACGAGCGAUCAGUGUGUGCUGGAUCCCUGGAGCAGUGCAGAAAACUCAGUUUCUGGAAGCUGUCAGUCUCUGGACAGCAACUCAGACAGCCCUUCACUGAGGAAGUCUCGCAUGCACAGAGCCAAGAGUUACCCUGAUAACCGCCAGGAGGGCUCAGACAGGGAAAAUCAUGUGCAUGACAGGGUAGCAGGCAAAGGAGGCACCUUUCCUCGUAGGUACCAUGUCUCCCUGCACCAUAAGGACCACAGUGAAGGCCGCCGGACGUUUCCGCGCAUACGUCGCCCCCAAGGGAACCUCUUCACUCUGGUGCCGUCACGCCGGUCGCUCAAUGGCAGCGAGGAGAGUUUGGGCAGCUGGCAGCUGGUCGACGCUCAUGGCAGGCUCCGCCCCCAAGAUCGUUCUGUGGCGCACAAGUCCCCCAGUGCUCCAAUGACGUGGCGGCGGGGGAAGCUUCUGGGCCAAGGAGCGUUCGGUCGGGUGUACCUGUGUUACGACGUGGACACUGGGAGGGAACUAGCUGCCAAGCAGGUUCACUUUGAUCCGGAGAGUCCUGAGACCAGCAAGGAGGUCAGCGCUUUGGAGUGUGAAAUCCAGUUGCUGAAAAAUCUGCAUCACGAGCGUAUUGUUCAGUAUUACGGCUGCCUGAGGGACCACAAUGAGAAGACUCUCACUAUUUUCAUGGAGUACAUGCCGGGGGGUUCAGUCAAGGAUCAGCUAAAGGCCUACGGGGCGCUGACAGAAAACGUGACCCGGAAGUACACCAGACAGAUCCUGGAGGGCAUGUCCUAUCUGCACAGCAACAUGAUCGUACACAGGGACAUCAAAGGCGCCAACAUCCUGCGGGACUUGGAGGGCAACGUGAAGCUCGGAGAUUUCGGCGCCAGCAAGAGGCUGCAGACCAUCUGCAUGUCUGGAACCGGCAUCCGCUCAGUGACCGGCACCCCCUACUGGAUGAGCCCAGAGGUGAUUAGUGGAGAGGGCUACGGCAGGAAGGCCGAUGUCUGGAGCCUCGGUUGUACGGUGGUAGAGAUGCUGACGGAAAAGCCUCCGUGGGCUGAAUUCGAGGCCAUGGCGGCCAUAUUCAAGAUCGCCACCCAGCCCACCAACCCGACGCUGCCCUCGCACGCCUCCGAGCAGGCACGGGACUUUAUAAGCUGCAUCUUUGUGGAGGCCAAACACAGGCCCAGCGCAGAGGAGCUGCUCAGGCGCCCCUUCUCUCAGAUUCUGUGCUGAAGCCCGCCUGGUUUCCGUCCGUGGAACUGAUCCGGGAAAAUCAGUGUUAAACUCACCGAGCCUCUGCCGUGGCUCAGACGCUCCGCCCGCGUGCAUCCGGAUAACGAGACGCUUUGUCGGCAGCAGUCAGCGAAGCCCUGAGAAAUGUGCACCCCGCCGGGGGGGGAAAACCCGACACGGAUUAAAUCUGUGGAUGCUUCGCCGAGACGAGCGCACGUACGCACGCGCUCCAAAUCAUGCACUCCACAGGCAGCGCCCUUCAGUUCUUGCACAUGUCGUCCUCCUUCCUCAUUGUAUCCUCUCUCGUGAGGCUUCAGUGAAAAACGCCAGGAAGACCCACAGUGUCUGAAACGUUCAGCUGAGCGCCACUUUUAAGCUACAGCACCCCGCCGGUGCUAAACAGUGUUAUCAGUUGGGAUUGUUCUUUGUUCCUCAAACUUGCAUCUGUCUGGUUUUAUUCAAAGGAAAACUCCACCGGCCCAAUGAGGUUCUUCACUCGUUGUACCCUCAUUUGAACAAGAUGCACAACAGCCAACAGCCCAGUUUGUGUCUCUGCAUUACAGGGAUGUAGACGAACAUGACUGAUACAAAUAUUUGUGGAAGUUUGGUAUUUGGAAAUUUAGAAUAUUUUGAUGUGCAACAAGAGCGUGACUGCCCGAGAGGAGCCGAGUUUGAGCUCUUUUUUUUUUUAAUUGUCUUAUUCCACCUUUUUACCAAAGUGUGACUUAUCUAAGUGCCUAAGGUUACCUCAGCCCAGAAUGUGCAUCAAAAGGAGUAGAUGAAAUAUGUCAUAGACUUUUGUGACAGUUGUAAAAACAAACCAAAGAAAUUAUGCUUUUUAUAAUAUAAAAUGUAAAACUCAUUUCCUUAGUUCCUCGUUUGGAAGUGAUUUCCUUUGCCUAAGAUCUUAUUGUUGAUUUGUGUCUGGACCCAACAUCCCUGGCUGAAAAACCUUUAGUUCAGAUGCACUUUUGAUGUAAAAUUAAUGUUUUUGGAGGUUUUGUUCUCUUGACCAAAGUUUUUUUUUUUUACUUUUAAUUUAUAUUUCCAUGUCCAUCCCAAUUAGAUUUUUAUAAGCAAAACUAUUUUACAUAUGUAUAUACAUAUAUAUGUGUGUAUAUAGUACAUAUAUUAUAUUUAGACUGUGUCAAAUCUAAUGAUACUUUCAAGACAUUUUGUCAUUAAAAGUAAAUCAUUUUAGAGCAGCUGGUUUUGCAGACAUUACAGAAUGUGCAAAUGUUAAAUGGGUAGAAAACGAACUCUGGCUCUUGUUCUUGCUCACAAAAAGAAAAAAAAAACUUUCCACGCGUGCUCAGCUAUAGAUUUAAACGACAGUGUUACCUGACGGGUCACGGAAACCUUGCAUCAAUUAGCCAUACCGCUUUGACACCUUGAUUAGGUCUUAUGAAUGAAACCUUUCGAGGCCUAACUGCUGGGAUCAUUUUAUAUGGGGAUCUCAGUAUUAUUAAAAUGUAAUUAAAGGUUGUAUGCGGCCCAAAGAGGAGCAGGACCGCAACCAGUGCUGGAUUCCAGAGUUCGUUGUUCAACCCAGACGACGUCUUUGUUUUUCCCAGGGUCUAGACGAGUCCAGUAGUGAAUGGUUUUCUGGGCAAAGGGGCUGCCUUAAGGCUAACGUGAUAACUUUCAAUGGAGCCACUACUGGCUGAAGGCAGCUUAAAUGUGUACAAAUGCAAAUUGACUUAAACAGCGAGAGAAAGGACCCUGUGGUAAGCAAAUGAAUACAACAUAGUGUUUUUUUCUGUAAAUGUAAAUGUAUAAUUAUGUAUCAUGACGGGACUUGCAGUGCAAAGUCUAAUGUAUCAACUUUAUUUUACAAUAAGAAAAGAAUAGUAUGUCGCUCUCUACAAAACAAAUAAAUUGUUUUGGGUAAAAACUCCUUUCUCCCCUUGCCAGCGUGUUUAAGAGCACAGCUCCGGUCGUCCCGGCUCAUUGAGUCCAGUCAAUGAAAGACGACCUCAUUGUUGGCAGUAAUAAGCUGCUCGAUUGAUCCACUCAGUUUUUCCUCUCUCCCCCGUCAUUUUUGCUUUCUUACA